AUGCAGACGGCUGGUACUUAUGGGGACCAGACGACCCUGACCGGUCACCAGCAAAAGUCGGACAACACUGACUCGCACCAUGAUUUGCUGAUACUCGUCAUACUUGCCGCCAUCCUGUUCUACUUUUUUCACAUUAGACUUCAGCAAGCCCCAGCAGCAGCCAAGGUGCUUCCGGUCGAGUCGAAGAGCUCCGUGACCACCUUCAACCCGGAGGAUUUGGAACUGAAGGUGGAUGUGAAGUCGCUGUCAUCGAGCCCAGUCAAUUCUGGCUCAUCCCAAUCUUUCCGGACCGCCGCCGAAGCCGCUUCAUCCCAGCUCCGUGCGGCCCAGCAGCAGUUGAAGGAAGAACGACGUGCCAAGAAAACAACGAGUCGCAGAGUCCGGAACAACAAGCCCGCACGGGCUCGCAGCAGCGAAAUGAGCGCCCUGGAAGUCCCGACGGCUCUCCCCUUCAACCCGUACAACCGCCAGCAAUCCCUU